GUCUGUGCUUGUCUUCUCAUCUCCCUGGAGGAGAGCAAGGCGAUGGGUCUGCCCCUGCUGCUGACCCUGCUGCUGCUGCUGCUGCUGCUGGCGUCUCUACAGGCUGGUCGCUCAAUAAAGUGCAAUUAAAGUUUCUCUAUGAAGUCAAAUAACCAAAGCAACUCUCAUCCCCUGAAGGUGGCUCCAUUCACAUCCCCUUCUCCUUCUGUCACCCCUGGGAGUUACCCAGUGUUCUCAGCGUGACUAUAUCCUGGAGAUGGAAACAGUACCAUGGGGAGACCAUCUACAACAUGACCCUGUGUUUCAUCCAUAAGGAUUUUGAGAACCGGCUCUCUCUGACCUGGACAGAGGACGGGAGGAGCGGCUUCCUCCAGAUCUCUAACCUGCGGAGGCAGGACAAGAGUGUGUACUUCUGCCAAGUCCACUUGACCGCCCGGAAUCAUACCAAGGUGGGGUGGUAGUCCAUCCCUGGAACCAACCUCGUCAUCACCCCCGCCACCAAGAAAACCACCAAAGCCCCUCUCAGCACCGCCGCCCCCACCAACCUCAGUGUCUCUGAGGACAAAAGGAGCUCAGGAUCUUGGCCCUUGAAAAUGGAAGCUGUGGUCGUCGUGGCACCGUUCAUCGCUGUGCUCAAAAUUGCAAUUUCGGGAGUGACGGUCUACGUCAUGUGGAAGAGAAGCAAAGGGCAAUGGGCACUGACACUGACACAUGCUGAAUCUCGCCCUGACUCCUGCAGACCUCAGUCACCUCUCCAUUAUCCUCUGGAAUAAGCCAGGCUGACUGGCAGGGUUCCUAGUUCGUACUGGAUAUUUCGGAGAAGAGUCUAGGUUGCCAUGGGUCCAUUCAUGGGGCAAAGCAAGGGGUACAAGAUUCUGACUGUGGGGUUGGUCUUUCUGGUCUGGGUCCUCUAUUUCCAGAUGUCUUGGCCUGACAGCACCGUCCCUCGGCCCCCAGCACCCCGCCCUGUCUCUCGAUCUGCCUCUGAGUCCACAGAAUCUCCCUCGCUCUUGGAUUCUCUCCCCCAGGAGCUUGCCAACCUCACCCACCUUCUGUACUGGCCUCUGACCCCAGAAGAUGAGGGGGACUUUUUGGCCUCCACCAGCCCCCAGGCCUCCACCUACCAUCUGAGGGGUCCUGCCCAGACCAGCUAUGCCCUGAGAGGCUACCUGGAGGCCAUCCUUAUCGCCAGAGACCACCGGGGCAGACCCAAGACCCAUGGUGGGGAUCUGUUUCGGGCGCAGCUGCUGGGGCCUGACUUGAAGGCUGGGCUCCCUGGGGACGUCCAGGAUCUGGAGAACGGCACAUACUUGCUGUCCUUCCCCCUGCUCUGGGCUGGGAAGGCCCAAGUACAGGUGCGUCUGAUCCACUCCAGCGAGGCAGUUGGGGUUCUGCGAAGAAUCUGGAGAGAGAAAAGGGCCACAGUUGAUUUUGUGGGCUACUUUCGGGGCCCCACAGGAACUGAAGAGACUGUGAUUUGCAAUGUUGACCCCCAGUCUACUGGAACAAGACGGCCUACCUGCCAGUACAGAGAUGUGGAUUCGGGUGAGCUCUGGUUCUGUGCUCAACCCUCUACCCUGCCUUGCAGCUCUUUAGUUGGGCACUCAAGUGGGCGUUACCUGAAAGUGACUACACCACAGGAUGAGGCCCUGCUGGCGGGGAAAGUGACAGACAAGGUGCUCCCUCAGGGCAUUUCUCCAAUCCAGGUCAGAAUGGCAGCCCCGGGGAACAGCAGCCUGGCCCUGUCCGCACGGCCCCCAUGCCAUCCUGGGCUCCCAGCUACAAAACCCUCUGGCUUCUACCACCAAGAAGUGUGGCACUCGCUGUCCUGCUCCAGCCGCUCCUUCCCCACUGUUGACAGCAUCCUGGGCUGCCUGGCUGGCCACGUUGUCCACAUGAUGGGAGACUCCACGCUUCGGCAGUGGUGGGAGUAUCUGCGUGACAAAGUGCCCUCCCUAAAGCCCAUGGAUCUACACGCCACAUAUCAGACAGGGCCCCUGAUGGCCGUGGAGACCACUCGGAAUAUAGUGCUACACUGGCGGGCCCACAGCUGGCCCCUGCGCUCCCUGCGCACACCAGUGGCCUCCCUGCACUCUGUAGCCCGAGAGCUGGGGGGCCUGGCAGGGGGCCCCCACACCGUGGUGGUGCUGGGGCUGGGCGCCCACUUCACCACCUUCCCUCCGUCCAUCUUUGCACGACGGCUGGCAGGGAUCCGGGCAGCUGUGGCUGCGCUGCUGGCCCGGGAGCCCCGCACUCUCGUGGUCAUCAAACUGGCCAACACUGGCUACAAGUCCGUAUAUGGCAGCGACUGGCUCACCCUGCAGGUGAACCGGCUCCUCCGAGCUGCCUUUGCCGACCUCCGUGUGGCCUUUGUGGACGCCUGGGAAAUGACCUCCAGCCUGGCGGUGCCCGACAACAUCCACCCAGGAAGGCUCAUCGUCGGCAAUGAAGUGGACCUCCUCCUGUCCUUCGUCUGCCCCACCUGAGCGCUUCUGCGGGUCUUGGCACUGUGUGGGUGGAGAAGCUGGAGGGGUGAUCAGGCCUGCAGGCCCUUCCCUGAGCGGACUGUACCCGUUCUCUGACCUCUUCCUAAUGAACUGGCCAUAAAAUCAACCAGCAGGAAUUGGGAUGUGGGUGGUGGCCGGGGAGAGCAGCCUAGCAGUGGUCCAGUGCAACUUGAGAGG